CGGCAGAAGGCGCAGUGUUAAAAUACUCGCGAGCGCGUGAACAUUUGAACUCGGACUCACAGGCUACAUCAUCACGGGCUGGAGAGAUGACUGACUUGACAUUUUGUUACAUUCACAUGACUGAGCAUGAUCUGAAAGUGCUCGAUACCAUCGACAGUCCAGAAUAUAUCUCUGGCGAAUUAUCAGAUGACGAACUUGACAUACCAGCACACAUGAUUCCACCGAAUCCCGACGAUUCUGACAUACUGCCGUCUCAGGUGCAUCCUUCAUAUCCCUACGGGAAUCCGACAAAUAUCAAGCAUCCAGCCUCAAGACCGAGACCACCAUAUGACCCAACUUCUCGGGCGCUAUUCGAGGAUAUGGGCUAUGGCGGAGGGGGCGUCAAUGGCUCUUUACGCUGGAGAGACCUUGCUUUGGACCGACUAUUACCCGUCAACGAAGAGAAAGAAGAGAUGAAGAGAGCAGCCGAGGCAAGAAAGAUGGCCAAUGGUGCCACGAGCCAACCACAGCAGCAGCAGCAGCAGCAACCGCCACCUCAAGCAGGAACUGGUGAUCAAACUAUCGACGAAGAAGACGAGGAGGAAGAAGACAGUGCAGAGCAUGAUGAGAACGAUGUGGACGAAGACAAUGUGGAAGAUGAGGAUGAUGAUAUGUAACUACGGAACUACAGAGACACUGCUCAACCUCUAAGACUCAUCGCAGCGACGAGUGCAUCGCCUGUAUCACUUAAUAACAAAUUUUUGGCAUCCCCUUCUUGUUCGAUGACCCACUCGUAGGCUUCCAGCAAAAGCAUAUCCGUCAAAGGAACGAAAUGGUCCGCGAAGACACGGAUGAUGUUACUAACACGCGAGAUUGCAGCGCGUGUAGCAUUGUCAAUGUC